AUGGUACAUGGAUCUCACGAGGGCGCAAGCAGUUCGGCUUCGUCAGCUCUGACUGUCGAAGCGCCAACUCCUGAAGGAAUGCUGGUCCAGGAAGUGGACGUAGAGGUGAUUGAUGGAGAGCAAGGCACCGCUAGUGCGAUUCCAACUCCGCGAGGGAACGACGAAGAGUCAAAGCAACAUCUUCGCGAACAGCUCAGGCGCACGCUCAACAAGAAAGAGUCAUCGCAUGCCACCUCAUGUUUUGUGCAGCCGAUCAGUAUCCUCCGCGCCAGUACUUCGUCCUCACCGAGGCCGGAAAACCGGUUUUCAUUAGGCGAGUCUUCUAGCUUCUUGGCUCGACAAGAAGACGAAGCUUCAGAUAACUUCACAUCGACAAUUGGGGUAAUGCAGGCACUGGUAUCCAUCUUCCUCGACGAUGGUGACAAAUUGCGAUGCAUAAAUGCUGGUAAUACGCGCAUAACCUUCCUCUUGCGCCCGCCACUCUACUAUGCAUGUGUAUCAUCAUGGGGAGAGGCGGAAUCUGUUUUUCUGCAGAACAGCUACGGCGCAUGUUUGAGCGGCGUAAUAAUUUCGACCUGCGUCGAUUGCUCAGCGAUGGAGCCCAUGCUUCGUAAGAGUAUCGCUGAUGUUCUUGUGCCGACAUCGAAGAUCAAGGAUAUCUUAUAUGUUAUACUGAUAGCCCAAGGAAAAGUGAUAACACUUGUGCGGCCAAAGAAGCAUUCCAUACAUCCAUCCGAUCUGCAUAUUCUUGUCAACACCAUACACUCGCCAUCGAUCAUCAAUUCUUCAGCAGCGGCAUCCUGGCUGCCUGUCUGUCUGCCAAAGUUCAAUUCGGCGGCGUUUGUCAACGCCUACGUGAUGUUCUUGCGGAAAGAAGAUCAGACGCAAGAGCAACAGAGCCAGCAUAGUCAACAGAGCCCUACCGUACAGGAUAGCGAUGCUGAAACUCGAGAUUCCGCUGAGCAGCUCGCAGAAGCUGAAAGCAGUCAUACACUGGUGGAAGAACAACCCGCUCCUGAAGUCUGUCUCGUGUGUGUUAGCGGGAGUGCGGACUUCGAGGCAGUCAGGAAUUGGUGCAACACGAUAAACCAGCGACUGAUGCAAGACGGGUUGUUGGGAGCUCUGACUGGUGCGAUAUCCCGUGGGGAGACAGAGUACGCCGUCGGAGACCUUGGUGUACCUGGGCUACGUCAUUUUGUCUACAAAUCGAGGUCGCACGUUCAAGUCACCAUGCCGCUCUUCGAGGACCCCUAUGAUAAUCCGCACGAGAAGCGACGGUUGACGACUCUCUAUCAAACCUUGUAUGAUGCAAUACACGCCAAGUCUGGACAAGGAAGCACUUUGAAGCUACAAUACAUUCGGACCGAGCGUGAGAGUGUCAUGGGCUGGAUCACCCAGCCGUUCGAGCUCUACCUAGCAUUAUCACCACUGCUACCCAAGAGUGGCAUCGUCAACGCUGCUAAUGCUGUAGCCAAGUAUUAUCGAAUGUUUGGCUUUGCAGAUAGCGAUCUGACGGACCACGUGGCGGACGUGCUGGUCCCUGUUGCUCCUGUACCUGCUUGUCAUCUACCGUCAACCCGACUGCUCACUGUCUCUCGAUCCGACUCUCCUUCCAUCAUGUCCUGGCGCCUGGCAUCGCAGGCUUUGUCCUGCGUACCGCGGUUCUGCCGUGCUCUGCAAAAUAAAGCUGCCUUGCGUCCUGUACCAGCACAGCUAGGGGCAAUAAGCUCUCCUAGUGAGUUUUUGAAGGCAAUUGGGAGGUCCGCGGAUACCAAGGUUACCGCGGAGACAUGGGAGGAUUUGUGGGAGAUAGAUGGGUUGCAGCUGAAGAAGGCUGGUUUGGCAGUACGAGACAGAAGAUAUAUCCUGUGGAGUAUGGAGAAGUUUCGACAGGGAGAAGACCCUGCGCAGUUUGCGCAUCCUCCAACACCGAAAAAGAAGAUCCUCAUGGACCCGCGGUUCAAAAUGUCGAAUGCAGUCUUCGAAGUUUGUGUCAUGUUAUGA